AUGGAUGUCUUAAUUCUUUCCCCUUCAUGGCUUCUAGCAAUCAUUUUCAUGUCACUUAUCCUUACGUACAUUCGAAAAUCGAAUAAGUCCUCGGCCAAGCUUCCCCCAAGCCCUCCAAGGCUUCCCAUAAUCGGAAACUUACACCAGCUAGUCGGUAAACCUCGUCCGCAAGCCCUUUGGGACCUUGCUCAAGAAUACGGUCCGAUUGUGCAACUCCAAAUUGGUGCAAAACCUUACAUACUUGUCUCUUCCCCUUCCAUGGCCAAACAAAUCUUGAAAACUCAUGAUCACAUCUUUUGUUCUCGUCCAAUUUCUAACGCUGCAAAGCGACUAACUUAUGAGUAUUUAGACAUCGCCUUCUCCCCUCAAAGCGAUCAUCGCAAGGAAAAACGCAAGAUUUUGGUGUCUGAAUUCCUUGCUCCCAAGAAAGCUAGAUCGUUUAAUCGUGUGUUAGUGAUGGAGAUUGAGAACAUGGUUCGUUCUUUAUCGUCACUUCCAUCAAACACAAAAGUAAACGUAAGCAAGAUAUUAUUAGAAUUGGUCAAGGAAGUGGUGUGUAAGGUGGGAUUUGGCAAGAACUAUAAAGAGAUACCUCUUUCGGGUGGUUCAUCAUGGGAAGAAAUACUUGAAGAAACGUCGUUAAUGUUGAAUGGAUCGUUUAGUGAUAAUUUUCCGUGGAUUGGUCAAGUUUUCGACCGGCUUAGCGGAUGGAAUAGUAAGUUGGAGAAAUGCUUUGGUAAUCUUGAUGCCUUCAUCCAAAUGAUUGUUGAUGAUCAUCUGAUCAAUAAUCAUAAGGAUGGUGAAAUAAGCGAUGCUAAUAAGGACUUUGUUCAUAGGAUGAUCGCCAUAUCUUCCUUUGAGAAUGCUUCUGAUUAUCAACUGACUAAAGAGGACGUAAAAGCGCUUAUAAUGAACGUAUUCACAGGGGGAAUUGAUACAACUGUUUCAGCAUUGGAGUGGGCAAUGUCCGAGAUUGUUAAAAGUCCCAGAGUUUUGAAAAAGUUACAAGACGAAAUCAGAAACUGUAUGGGGAGAAAACAAAAAGUAGACGAACUCGAUAUCACAAAAAUGACAUAUUUGAAAUUGGUAGUGAAAGAGACGCUACGACUGCACCCACCGGCUCCAUUGUUGGUCCCCCAUGAAUGCUUUAGCCAAUGCCAAAUCGGUGGCUACGAUGUCUUCCCCGGGACAAGUGCUAUAAUCAAUGCUUGGGGGAUAGGCAGGGACCGAAACACAUGGGGCGAGAACGCGGAUGAGUUCUAUCCAGAGAGGUUUGAAAAACUUGAUGCUGAUUUUGGAGGGGGGAAUUUUGAACUGGUCGCGUUUGGAGCUGGACGAAGAUCAUGCCCUGCGAUUAGCACGGCUCCUGCAACCGUAGAGUGGGUGAUUGCAAACCUUCUUUACUGGUUUGAUUGGGAAUUUGAUGGCGGCGUGAAGAAUGAAGAUUUGGAUAUGCAAGAAGAGGGUACUCUUAUUGUCCAUAAAAAGUUACCUCUUUACCUUAUUCCUACCAAACACAGUUGGGAAGACUAAUGAUAAAAGAUAUAUAAUGUAGAUUUGUGC